GAGCGCAGCCUCGUCCCCGCAGCCUCGUCCCCGCAGCCUCGUCCCCGCCGCCGCCGCCUCCGCCCCCGGGGCAUGGCCUGUCUGAUGGCCGCUUUCUCGGUCGGCACCGCCAUGAAUGCCAGCAGUUACUCUGCGGCGAUGACGGAGCCCAAGUCAGUGUGCGUGUCGGUGGAUGAGGUCGUGUCCAGCAAUGUGGACGACGCUGAAACGGACCUGCUGAACGGGCACCUGAGGAAAGUGGACAACAGCUUCACAGAGGCCCAGCGCUUUUCAUCCUUGCCUCGGAGGGCAGCUGUGAACAUCGAAUUCAAGGACCUCUCCUACUCCGUUCCCGAGGGACCCUGGUGGAGGAAGAAAGGAUACAAGACCCUUCUGAAAGGAAUUUCUGGGAAAUUCAACAGUGGAGAGCUGGUGGCCAUCAUGGGUCCUUCCGGGGCCGGGAAGUCCACGCUUAUGAACAUUCUUGCGGGAUACAGGGAAACGGGCAUGAAGGGGGCGGUCCUCAUCAACGGCAUGCCCCGGGACCUGCGCUGCUUCCGGAAGGUGUCCUGCUACAUCAUGCAAGACGACAUGCUACUGCCCCACCUCACCGUGCAGGAGGCCAUGAUGGUGUCGGCACAUCUGAAGCUGCAGGAAAAGGAUGAAGGCAGACGGGAGAUGGUCAAGGAGAUCCUAACAGCACUGGGCUUGCUGUCCUGUGCUAACACACGCACAGGGAGCCUUUCAGGAGGCCAGCGGAAGCGCCUGGCCAUCGCGCUGGAACUGGUCAACAACCCUCCAGUCAUGUUCUUUGAUGAGCCCACCAGCGGCCUGGACAGCGCCUCCUGCUUCCAAGUGGUGUCCUUGAUGAAGGCGCUGGCCCAGGGCGGCCGGUCCAUCGUUUGCACCAUCCACCAGCCCAGUGCCAAGCUCUUUGAGCUCUUCGAUCAGCUUUACGUCCUAAGUCAAGGACAGUGUGUUUACCGGGGGAAGGUCUCGAAUCUUGUGCCAUAUUUGAGGGAUUUGGGUCUGAACUGCCCCACCUACCACAACCCUGCAGACUUUGUCAUGGAGGUGGCAUCAGGCGAGUACGGUGAUCAGAACAGCCGGCUGGUGAGGGCCGUGAGGGAGGGCAUGUGCGACUCUGACUACAAGAGAGACCUCGGGGGCGAUGCUGAUGUGAACCCAUUUCUCUGGCACCGACCCUCUGAAGAGGACUCUGCCUCCAUGGAAGGCUGCCACAGCUUCUCCGCCAGCUGCCUCACCCAGUUCUGCAUCCUCUUCAAAAGGACUUUCCUGAGCAUCAUGCGGGACUCGGUCCUGACACACCUGCGCAUCACCUCGCACAUCGGGAUCGGCCUCCUCAUCGGCCUGCUGUACCUGGGGAUCGGGAAUGAAGCCAAGAAGGUCCUGAGUAACUCCGGCUUCCUCUUCUUCUCCAUGCUGUUCCUCAUGUUCGCUGCCCUCAUGCCUACCGUUCUGACCUUUCCCCUAGAGAUGAGUGUCUUCCUCCGGGAACACCUGAACUACUGGUACAGCCUGAAGGCUUACUACCUGGCCAAGACCAUGGCUGACGUCCCCUUUCAGGUCAUGUUCCCUGUGGCCUACUGCAGUAUCGUAUACUGGAUGACGUCACAGCCAUCGGAUGCUGUGCGCUUUGUUCUGUUUGCUGCACUGGGUACCAUGACCUCUCUCGUGGCCCAGUCCUUGGGCCUGCUGAUUGGAGCUGCCUCCACGUCCCUACAGGUAGCGACGUUCGUGGGUCCCGUGACGGCCAUUCCUGUCCUGCUCUUCUCUGGGUUCUUCGUCAGCUUUGACACUAUCCCGACAUACCUGCAGUGGAUGUCCUACAUCUCCUAUGUCCGAUAUGGCUUUGAGGGUGUCAUCCUCUCCAUCUACGGCCUGGACCGGGAGGAUCUGCACUGUGACAUCGAUGAGACAUGCCACUUCCAGAAGUCAGAGGCCAUCCUGCGGGAGCUGGACGUGGAGAACGCCAAGCUGUACCUGGACUUCAUCGUGCUGGGCGUCUUCUUCAUCUCCCUCCGUCUCAUUGCCUAUUUCGUCCUAAGAUACAAAAUCCGGGCCGAGAGGUAAAACAGCCAGCGGCCAGCACGGAAGCAAAGCAGACGUUGUGGUCAAGGGCACUGCUGAGAGACGGCAGCACACCUAUGCCCGGCGACACAGAGACUCUCCUGACCCAACCUGGAGGCCACGUCGGUCGGUGGUGACCAGUGUUCGGCUCCUCUGCCUGCCAGGCUAGACCUGCUUUCCAUUCCCUUUUCUAGCUUUAACUAGGAAGAUGUAGGAAGGCUGGGGGGUUUUAUGUGAAGAAUUUGAAACAACUGGGGCAGAAUGUCACCCUGGACCCAGCUGGGGACACACGCUUCCUCAGAGAGAUUCCUCGUGGAGUCCAGGGUGGGUUGGUCGCUGGGGAGGCCCAUAUCUUGGGGGACUCUGCCUGACGACUGUCUUUUCUCACAGUCUUUCUAAAGCUCAUCUCAUUUCUGAUGAAGUCACUUUUGGAGCCAAAGUUGAUAAAUUUCAUUCAUUUUGAGAGAUUGUAUCUUUUUAGUACUUGUUGAGGAAGUGUUCAGGGUAAACUACAUAUUUUGCUUAGAGAUAGAAGGGGUUCCACCUAGCCACUGAGUGGGGCUCGUAGGCAGAUCCAUGGAAGGAAAUGCAGGCUGCAGGUGAGGGAAACCAUAACACCAGCCGCACUGGGCCAACGGAGACCGCGAGCGACGUCUGCAGGGCUGAAGGGAAGCUGGUCAGCACUUUCCUUUCCAUGUUUUCUUAUCUUAAGCAAAACAGAUGGAUUCUUCCUAGCUUUCUGGUCACCUUCAUUUUGCCAAGGAAUGUGUAGAAGAUCAACCUUGUCAAUUUUUAAAGAGCAUUUUCCCGUCACUUGUCACAUCAACUACCUCCACUGAAUCUGGAGGGGCCCGACCUGGGGACACUUCAGAGAUGGCCUCGAGCACCUGUGAGGGGCCAGCCAGCCAGGUCCAAGGGGAAGUGCAGGUGGGUUUCCCCUUUAAGGGUCUUCCUUCCAGAGCACCACCGCCCUAGGAUCUCCUGCAAAAGUCUGUGAGCAGAUCGGCUAACCCCCUUGAGCCUGUUUCUUCUCUGUAAGAAUUAAACUAGAUAGUGUUCAAGGUUGUCGUCAGCUCUGACAGGUUCUAAGAUGCCUUGGUUGUGGCCUUGAAGCUUUUGUUUCCUACUUGUAGAGUGUAAGGGUCCGACUUUUACAUGCGCAUGGAUCUGCUUUGAAAAUGUUGAGAUUCUUUUUAUUUUUUUUCACUCCUAGAGCUUUUUCUAGAAAACAAUUGAAAUGCACAUUAAAAUGCAAUUUUCAUUUGG